AUGGCGUCGCGUCUUGAGAAAAGUUGUGGUGGUUGCGGUGGUGGUGGUGUUGAUGAUGGUUGUGGUGGCGGUGGCGGUGGAGGUGGUGGUGGUGGUGGAUGUGGCAGUGGUGGUGGUGGUGAAGGUGGUGGUGGUUGCUGUGGUGGUGGUGUUGGUGAUGGUUGUGGUGGAGGUAGUGGUGGUGAUGGAGGUGGUGGUGGUGGAGGUGGCAGUGGUGGUGAAGGUGGUGGUGGUUGCUGUGGUGGUGGUGAUGGUGAUGGUUGCGGUGGCGGUGGUGGAGGUGGUGGUGGUGGCGGUGUAGAUGUCGUUGAACUUAAACCACCGAAUCCUCCAAAACCGCAAGGUGUUGACCUAGUUGUUGAUACAAACGCGCCAAAUCCGCCUAUUGGGGGCGGUUUUUGUUGA